CGGAUACAAACAUGGCCACUCUUGUUCUCAGUGACCAGAUUCACAUCCAGAACUCGACACUUCGGUUUCUCCCUAUCAGACUCUCGUUUACCCUCUUUUCUGUUGGCUAGAGAUAGCUGUGGCUGUCCCGGCCUCAGCACCAGCCUCAGCGUCCUUUCCACCCUGGCUCCUCCUUUUCGCGGACUGUCCAAGUUCCAAAACACCCUAGCACUUUUCCGCUACCUAUUUCCCAAUACCCAUCGCCGCGCGCGUGAGAAGUUUCUUGCUCUCCGACACGAACAUAUUCCUCAACUCCGUCUACGAGCACAGUCUCGAAUCUACCGUGCUAUAGUCCGUCGGCAGCAAAAGAAGCAGGAAAAGCGAGCGGCAGGGAAAGGCUUCAUCCCAUUUUUACAGCGGUGGAGAAAGAGUCGUAUCCUACAGGCAUUGAACGGGAAGCACCAUGCUGGGGUUCGACAAUUGCGAGGCACAAGAUCAACCGAUCAGAUGACAAGCUAUGGCCAGCCUGGCGGACGGGUGCCAGGGUCGCGGAGGGAGAAGCUUCGCGGAAUCAUUCGCGCUGCGAACGAGUUGAGGCAGACGUAUCAGGAACAGUUACAACACAGACUACAAGAGAGCGAAACAAAUGGAGGCAUGCCAGGGGAUUUCCCCGACGUGGAGAUCAUUCGAGGUGGAGAUGAGGAAAUGAUAUUGUUCCCCAGCUAUGCCAGGAAGCACACCAAGAAAAAGACGGACUCGGAUGACACGGCCAGGUAUCCCCCAGGAACGCAUGAGUCUGUGGAAACACCGCACAGCACCGGAGACGCGGAAUACUGGAGAAGGGAAUGGGAGAAGUAUGAAGAUGCCAACGCGAUUGUCGACGUGGACGUCCGCGGGUGGAUAUACUCGCCCCAACGCGGGCCUUUGAAUAGGAGAAACCGGCUUCUGCUUGCUGUGGCCAGACGCCUGAGCGGCGUCUAUGCUCCACCUCCAGCACCGACAGUGUCAUCACGUCCGUCUAGCCUCCCUCCCAGUAGUCAGGAAGAGCUUGAUGAAAGUCCUUCGAGACAUGAGGACGAAAUUGCAGCAAGAGAGGCCGAAAAUAUUGCUCGACGUGGACAGUUGGAGGCAGAGGCUGCUCUUCGAGGCAGUUACACUCAACUCCCGAGGAGCAGCUUUGACAAUGACAGUCCUGCUGGCAGUCGCUCAGGAUCCCCUGCGCCCUCGGCUGCCCUGUCUAGGCGCGGAACCGAGGCCGGAGAUGACGAUCCAGUUCAGCAGGGCAUACAGAAACGACAGUCCUGGAAUGAGCCGACAAAGAUGAGCAGGGAGGAAAUGGCGGCCGCAAACGAAAUGCUGCUGACCAGGUUGAGACCAUUCAUGUCGAAUCCUGUGGCUAAUACCCCGAUUACGAUCUUCUUCUUCAAUGAACAAAGGUCGGCCUCCAAGUCCAUAACUACGGACGACUCGGGACAUUUCAACCUUCGUGCGGCUCUCGACUUCGUCCCUACACAAGUCCGGGUGCUGGUCUCGGAAAAGUUGUCCGCAACACAAGAUGUCACAAUCACGGAUAGCAGAGGAGUCAGUCUGAUCAGUGACAUUGACGACACCAUCAAACACUCGGGCAUAGCAGCUGGAGCUAGAGAGAUUUUCAAGAAUACAUUCGUGCGGGAGCUUGCGUCGAUGACGAUUGAAGGCGUCCGAGAAUGGUAUACCACUUUGGCGAACAUGGGAGUCAAAUUACACUAUGUCUCGAAUUCUCCGUGGCAGUUGUAUCCUCUCUUGCGCAGCUAUUUUGCUCUUGCUGGGCUGCCUCCUGGAUCGUUCCACCUGAAACAGUAUUCAGGCAUGCUUCAAGGAAUUUUUGAACCUGCUGCUGAAAGAAAGCGCGGUUCAUUGGAAAGAAUCAUGAACGAUUUCCCCGAGCGAAAGUUCAUUUUGGUCGGGGACAGCGGUGAGGCUGAUUUAGAAGUCUACACCGAUGUCGUGCUUGAACAUCCUGGCCAGGUCCUGGGGGUCUUCAUCAGAGAUGUGACAACGCCAGUCAAAAAGGCUUUCUUUGACCAGACUCCAUCGAAUGCUGCCUCCACUGUUUCUGUCUCGUCCAAAAAUGGCAGUCGGCUGGAGGUCAACAAUCACGAUGAUAGACCACCAUUGCCGGCGAGGCCCAAAUCGGACCCAGAAGCGAAGACCAGAGAGGUGGACCUGAUCGACUUCAGCGACGAGCCAGAUACGAAAGGUGCCAAGGAUGAGACCUCGCAUUCGGAUGACAUGCGUCAACUGGAGCAGAACGGGAAGCCCGCUGCACCGAAUAAGCCUAACAAGCCUUCGAGUUUGCGAAACUUUUCGACUCAGUCAUUGGCAUUCCGUAAGCAAGAUCGAUCAGUCGCAUCCGACACCGAGACACAAGAGCAGGAGGAGUCGAAGAAAAAGGCCCCUCCACCACCGAAACCCCGUCGGUCUGGUACCGCUGCCGGUGGAGAAAAGACUACAGACACAACUUCUACUCCUCCGGUGCCGCCGCCUCCUCGAGCUCCAUUCUCGUCGACACGCCAGAAUCAGGGGCAACCGCCGUCUAAUGACAAUCCGACGGCCCCGCCGCCGCCAGUUUCACGGACGAACACAUCCACGAGCACAGUCUCAAGUUCACACUCCCGGACUGACGACGGCUACGUUGCAUCAGCCCGGCGCCAGAUAGCAUCGGCGUACAAUGCAUUACCUGCGAUCCGAUCGUCCUCGCCAUCCCGACCGGCCGAUCAAACGGGCAUCAGCAGCGACAAUCGACCGGCCCCGCCGAUUCCGCCUCGGCGAGGCCUGUCGUCGUAUCCUGCCGCAGCCGCCCGCUGGGCAACGGGUGCCACUGGAGGAGACCCUGCCGCUGGCGGAGAUGCUGGCUAUCCUGGCGCAUCGUACGACAAGAAAUUGGAAAUAUGGAAGCGCCGAUGGGCGCGGUCCGAGGAAAUCAUGCGCCAGCGCGGAGUGGUGCUCCGAAGCUGGAGAGUCGGCAGCGACGUUAUGGAUGAAUGUGUGAACUUGGUCAAGAAGGAGUUGCAGAGGACAGAGCAGAGUCGAAGUUCGGAUUCCACUGGCCGCUGAUGACUGUUUGGUAAGUGGUAGUGGGUUGGACUGUACAUUAUACCAAAAGGAUUGAACUGCAGAGCGACGAAGCAGGAAGCUCUGCUGAGCAGUAUUGUCGACCUGCAGGAUAACAAGAUAUAUACGAGUACACAAAACAUACGACAGAUAUACAACCAUCAUAUAUUAUCGGAGUACCUAGGUUGGUAGGUACCUACAACAUUGUAGUGCCAG